GCAAUCUGUUGACACCUCAUUCAUCUUCAACACCCAACUUGGUAAACACAAAUAAUCAACAAUUUACAGUUUACAAUUGUUUCGUCAAUUUAAAAAAUUGUUAACUACGAGUAGUUGUGUCCUACUCUCAACUCGACUGAUUUUCUAUAAUCAUGAUUGAGUUUGAAUAAAGUAAAAGUUCGUCAUAUUAGUAAUUGUUUAGUUAAUCGUAAACAUGUCGGGCCAACCCCAAAUCCGAAGAAGAAAGCCGGCUGUGCUGAAAGCAGUUGAAGAAAUGGACGCGUUCCCUAAGGUUCCAGAAACUUGCAUAGAAACGACCUCGUACGGAGGCACAGCAUCAAUCGUGGCCUUGAUAAUUAUUGCAUGGCUCGUUAUCAUGGAGUUUAGCUACUUUUUAGACACCGGGUUCACAUUUAAAUUCAGUCCUGAUACUGACCUUGACGAGAAGUUAACUAUCAACAUUGACUUAACAGUGGGCAUGCCAUGCUCAAUAAUUGGGGCAGAUAUUGUGGAUUCGACAAGCCAAAAUGUUAUGAAAUUUGGAGAACUGGAAGAGGAAUUCGUCUACUUUGAACUUUCAGAGAGCCAAAGAGCAUAUUUUAAUGCUAAGGCGAGGCUCAACUCCUACCUACGAGAACAAUAUCACUCCUUGCAGAACCUCUUAUGGAAGAAUGACUUUAUCAACAUGUAUACGGAAAUGCCAAAACUUACCUCUCAUGAAAAAUUUGACCGUGGUCCUGCGAUGGCGUGUCGGUUGUAUGGAUCUUUGGAGUUGAAUAAAGUCGCAGGGAACUUUCACAUCACCGCUGGAAAAACGUUGCCGUUACCAAGAGGUCAUGCUCACGUAGCUGCAUUCAUGUCUAACAGGGACUAUAACUUUUCUCAUCGAAUUUACAAGUUUUCUUUUGGGGAUGGAAUGCCUACAAUUGUGCACCCAUUGGAAGGGACUGAAGCAGUUGCUAAUAUUAACCACAUGUCGUACCAGUAUUUUAUUCAGGUCGUCCCUACAAUAGUCAAAACUAGGUUUAAAACCUAUCGAACAUUUCAGUAUUCUGUACGAGAAUUACCUCGAGAAAUUGACCAUGAAAAAGGAUCACAUGGAGUUUCUGGAAUAUUCUUCAAAUAUGACAUGAGCGGUUUAAAAGUAGUAGUUGAAGAAGAGGAAUAUCCAGUGUGGCGAUUUUUAGUUCGUCUUUGUGCCGUUAUUGGAGGGGUUUACACCACCGUGGGCAUGAUGUAUAAUCAUCUGUCGGUAUUGGGAUGCAGUUUCAGAAGGUUCCGAAGGCCAACAGAUAAAACACACGAUUAUACUCGAAUCGGCGGAUCCGAGUCCUUAUCUGCAUCGCCAUCACCCCUUGUAUCAAAGAACGUCAACCCCAUAGUUUCCUCGUCCUUAUCGACAUCAAAUGUCAGUCUAUCCCAACCCAACUUUGAGUCGCCAGUAGUUCAGUUUUUGGGACAAGAGAAAUCCCCAUUAUUAUGUGAUAUAGCAGCGGACUCUGACUUUGCAGUUACCAAUUUGGAGAGUGAAAAUCCUAAUAAUGUUUUGUUACCAGAUAUUUUGUCAUCACACACAUCUAAUUGAAUCGAGCUGAAUAUUUUAUGUUCGAGUUUAAAGUCAUUAUAUUUUGGAACUAGAAAUGUCACGUUCCUUGGAGGAUUUCUAGAAAUCCUCCAAGGGAACAGUCAAAGGACCCUGAUAUGUAUAAUAAUGUUUAUAAGAACGAACUGCCUAAUAAGUUGUGAUAAUCUCUGGGUUAUUUUAAUUUAUGCAAUAAAUUUUUUUGCACACAAUUAAAACUA